CGGAACAGCGACUCCCUCUGAUUCCGGCCAGCUUGUCUACAGCAGGUGCAGUCCGCCAUCACCGUCCGCUGCACCGGUUAACGGGAGUCUCCGCACACACAAUGCACCGGCUUUUGUUCGUAUUUCUGGCCGCUGCCGGGACGUCUGUGCUCGGCGUCCCGCGGCUGGAGGUCUCCCCGGCGGCCGGGCCCUGCCUCGCCCCGUCGCAGUGGGAGGGCCGCUGGGUCCUGUACGACCACAGCACCGGCAGGAACAGCCGAGCCGCGGUCUCCUACGACAGCCUGAACUGGAGGAUCCGAGUCCUGCAGCAGCACAAGAAGCACACCCCAUGUCAGAGGUUUUUUGAGUACAUCUACUUGUAUCAGAACAUGGUGAUGUUCCAGAUUGACCAGAAGACCAAAGAGUGCUCAAAGAUCGCUCUGACGGACGCCUGGGAUCCCUUUGACAUCCCCGAUAACUCCACCUUCGAGGACCAGUACGUUAUCGGUGGCCCUGGGGACAACGUGGAGGUUCAGGAAUGGUCCGAUAGGAAGCCGGCUCGCCAGCAUGAGACCUGGGUGGGCGUCUACACCCUGAAGGACUGCUACCCAGUGCAGGAGACCUACACCCGGAACAGCAGCGUCACCACUUCAACCCGCUUCUUCAACCUCCAGCUGGGCAUCAGCGAUCCCAACGUCUUCACGCCGCCCAGCACCUGUCAAGCAGCCCGGCCCGACAGGAUGGCUGAGUUCAACUGCUGAGGCCUCACCACAUCUCACUUUAGAGACACUUAAUAAUUCUAGCCACUGACAGUGUGCAGUAAACUGAGAUUUUAAUAGUGGACAAGUGCUCUUUUCUUCAUAAAAGUCCUGGAAUCACAGUUUCAAAAUACUCAGCUAUAAGUAAAAGUCCUGCAUUUAAUUGUACUAAAAGAAAGUGCAGAAAUAUCAGCAAAAUGUAUUUAUCGUUGCAAAGUAAAAAUUCUGCAGUAAAAGUAAUCCCUGUGACUGACAUACUGCUGCUACAUUUAGCUAAUUUAGUCCAAAGGUUCCCUGCAUUUGGGAAGUUACAAGAAAAACCUGAAUGCCUGUGAUGUUGUUAAUGAUUUCUGACUUUUCUCCAAUCUUUUGGCAAGUUUGUUGUAAAAUUCUGAAUAAUUACAAAAAAAACCCCACACACACCCAGACAUGUAAUGGUCAAAAUUAAAUGAAGUUGUGUAAAAUGCA